AUGGAUCUGCGAGCGAACGAAGAGAUGGGCCACAACAACGAGCUUACGAUGACGGAGGAACGCAAGAUAACGUCCACACCGGUGAUGGAAUUCUAUCGCGACAAGUGUGUCCUGAUCACCGGAGGUACCGGCUUUAUUGGUCGUCUACUGAUCGAGAAGCUGCUUAGAAUAAACGUGCGACAGAUUAUCCUGCUCUCGAGGCCCAAGAAGGGUAAGACGGCGCAGCAGCGUUGUGACGAUCUGUUCAGCAGCAUCGUGUUUAUGAACCUCAAGAAAGACUGCCCAAACUUCAUCGAUCGUGUUAAGCUGGUCGAUGCCGAUCUGCAGCAUCCGUCGCUCGGAUUGUCGGACGAAUCGAUCGAGUACAUCGUCAACAAUGCACAGAUUGUGUUGCACGCCGCCUCGGACGUACGUUUCGACCAGGCGCUGAAGAAAGCGAUCGAAGUGAAUGUGCGAGGUACGCGCGAUCUGCUGCGCAUCGCCGAGAAGAUCGUCAAUCUGGAGCUGUUUGUGUACAUUUCCACGGCGUACUCGAACUGUCCGCAAGGGUUGAUCAAGGAACAGUUCUAUACGCCACCGUCCGAGCCGGAAAAGAUGAUCCAGCUGGUGGAAGCGAUGGACGAACGGUUCGAGGAGCACAUGAACAAAACGGUCAACGACUUCAUCCACCCGUGGCCGAACACAUACGUCUAUACGAAGGCGCUCACGGAGGACGUUGUACGGCAGUACGGGGAGCUACUUCCAAUCGCCGUCGUUCGUCCAUCUAUUGUGAUCGCCACCAACGAGGAACCGAUCGGUGGCUGGACGGACAACAUCUACGGGCUGAACGGUGUGAUUGCGGGCAUUGCGCUGGGCAUCAUUCGUAUCAUGCACGUCGAUGACAACAACAAGGCGGACAUCAUACCGGCGGACAUUGUCGUGAAUGCGGUGCUCGCGGCCGGAUGGCAAACCUACGUAGAACGUUUUAUCUAUCAUCACCUUAGGAAAAGUGAUCGACCGUUACCGGAGGCGAAAACGAACGGGGAGCUCAAGGGUGUGGCUAAGCCGCGGACCAAAAUUUACAACUGUGUCACCGGAAACGACAAUCCUAUCUCGUACCAAAAAAUCUACGAGUACUCCAUCGAGGUGGGUAAACAUUGUCCACCGAAGAAAUCGCUUUGGAUCGUGUGUCACAAUACGACGACGAACAAGUAUAUGUACGAGUUCUACAAGCUGAUUUAUCAUCUACUGCCAGCGUUGCUGAUUGAUACGUACCUGCGAGUGAUCAGACGUACACCAAGAGUUAUGGACCUUUAUAGAAAGGUGCACAAAUUCGCUACGGUAAUCGAGUACUUUGCCAACGGCCGAUGGACAUUUGAGAACGAUAAUAUGAAGUCUUUGAGAGAAAAGUUAUCACCCGAUGAUCAGAUAAUGUUCCCGUGCAACAUACAAAAGAUCGAAUGGGCCGACUACUUCUGGACGUACAUUCACGGACUUCGUAAGCACAUUGCGAACGAACCUCUAGAGAACCUAGACGAAGCGAUCAAACGCCACAAGCAGAUGCGGAUAGUGCACUACUUCAUACUGGCCGCGUACUACUCAGUGUGGGCGUUGAUGUUUUACUACCUCUUCAAAGCGGUGGGCAUGUUGGUCUCGAUCAGCAAAAUGAGCUUGCAGGAGUUUAAGGAGAACCAUUCCGCUGUAAAAGAUUUUUACGAAGGGAAAACCGUACUCCUUACCGGUGGGAGUGGAUUUUUGGGAAAGCUAUUUAUCGAGAAAUGGAUCAAGUGUGGAGUGAGGGAGAUUCUUCUGCUGUUGCGUGCCAAGAAAGGUAUUACUCCGGAGGAGCGUCUUAAGGCAUUGCUGAAGAAGGAAGCAGUGUUUGUGAACUACCAGCAACAGCCGGAACUCUAUUUGUCGAAGCUAAAGGUGAUCGAAGGGGACAUCAGUAAGCCAGGACUAGCGAUCAGCAACGACGAUCUGGACUACGUGAUCAAAAACACCAACAUAAUUCUUCAUUCAGCGGCCGAUGUGAGAUUUGACGCGUCGAUGAAGGAAUCGGUGGAAACGAAUGUACGUGGUACGGAUCAUUUACUAAAGAUCGCGGAAAACUGUGAAAAUCUUGAGGUGUUUGUGCAUGUAUCGAGUGCAUUCUCGCAGUGCAUUCAUGAGACGGUGGAGGAAAAAUUCUACAAGCCCAAUAUCGAUCCUCUGGAGCUGAUAAAAUUGAUCGAAAACGAGCCGCACCUGGACGAGUUUGAAGCUGUGUCGAAAAAGAUAGUUGAACCAUGGCCAAACACGUACGCAUUCACGAAGGCUCUCGCUGAAGAAGUUGUCCGGCAACGACGAACUAAGCUACCCAUUGCUAUCGUUCGUCCUUCAAUUGUUACUUCAACCUAUGCUGAUCCAAUCCCCGGAUGGACGGACAACUUUUACGGCUUUAACGGUGUAGUUAGUGGGGCCGGUACAGGCGUCCUGAGAAUCUUCCACAUCCACGACGAAUACAAAGCCAACAUUAUACCGGCAGAUAUAGUGAUUAAUGGCACGUUGGUAGCGGCAUACUACGCGGCCAAACAUCCGCAGGAAGAGAACGUGUUUAACUGCACGAUGGACGAGAACUACACCACGUGGGGAGACAUCCGGAACGAUUGCCUCUCGCAGAAGGGUGUGGUGGCGGUGAAGAAAUCCCUCUGGAUACCGACCUACAACACGACCCGGUAUUACUAUGUGGCGAGCUUUCUGCAAAUCUUCUACCAUCUGAUACCGGCCGUAUUUUUCGAUCUGAUCAUGCGCUUCCGCGGGGAAAAGCCACAAAUCUUGCGCCUCUAUCGGAAGGUGCACAGAUUUUCCGAUGUGCUACGCUUCUUCACGAACCAUCAGUUCAAGUUCGCAACCAAACGGAUGCGUCACGUGCUCGAUGGGAUGGAGAUUGUUGAUCGGUAUCUUUUUCCGUGCGAUAUGAAGUCGGUGGUUUGGAGCAAGUUUGGCGUGAAUCACAUCCGGGGCUGUCGGGUGUACCUGCUUGGAGAGCCUUGGGAUACCAAUGAGGAGGCGCUUCGAAUUCAUAAACGACGUCAGUUGAUACAUUGGUGUAUGUUGGGGCUGAUCUACUCGUGCUAUGUGGUCGUUGCUCUGCGAUUGCUGGAAGCGGCCGGUGUGCCAGAUUUGAGAAGCUUCGUAGGAUGUACCGAAUUUUCUAGGAUUUUUUGA